CCCUCUCGUCUCGCCCCCAAGCUCUAUCGUUGUUGUUGUUGAGGUUGAUAAUGGCGGCAGUGGGAUGCGGGUCAGUUGCAGCGACUGCUGUCGGUGGUCCAAGCAUUACAGUUUCGGUUCGGGGUCGCUUUCCGGGUCGACCAUGGACGUCUCGUAGCCGAUUGCGUUCGGAGAAACGUUUGCAGAUCGGUCGGUUACGGACCGAAGAUGAAGAAACUGCAACUGGAGGCCCGAGGCCCACAGGCGUUGGACUUACGCUUAAUGAGGAUCCGACACUCUUGCGCUUACUCGGGAUGGUGGAGAAGCACAAGCACCAGGCAGAGGCCGGCUACAGUUCCAGUGGCAGUGAGGAGGGAGAAGACUUCAAAGGCUUUGAAGUACAGAAUGAAGGCAACAGAACAGAUUCCCUACGUUCAGGAAAUAAUUCCUCCAAAAGUUACCCCCUCAAUAUUGAAUCACAGAAACGGGUUGAAGAGGGGUCUCAUCCAGAAUCAGAUCAAACAGAAUUGGUCCCUGCAUCACCAUUUCUGAAAAAAGGCUCUAAACCCUCUCAGGAACCUAGGCAGACACCAGUUGCUGCUAAACCUUUGAAGAAUGACAUCAAAAGUUCUAAAAAUAACCCAAAAAAACUUGGUACAUCCUUGACUCGGGGUACAGGAAAAACUGCAGCAAAAUCCACAAUUACUGUCAAACUAGUUGCCAAAAAGACAGUCAAGAAGAAAGCAGUGUCUGGUCAGAAACCAUUGAAGAACGUGAAGUUGCCAGGGCUCAAGUUCCUCUCCAAAGGCAAGAAAUUGCAAACUCCAAAGGCCUCCAGUGCCCAAGUGAAGUUAAAGAAACAGAAGCAACUUGGUGAGCUAGAAACUCUUGUAAAAGGGUCUCAUGGUAAAAGAGGAGCCACAGCUACAAGUAAAGGAAAGAGCUUUGCUGACAAGGCAAUGGAAGCCAGCAAUGGAAGGAAUGAGGUGAAACUCAAGGUUUCAGAGGGUCAGAGGGUGGAUGUGAAAAAAUCUUUGGGGAAAUCUCAGCUUGUCCCUAAAAGAGGGACACCUAAAAGAAAAUUUGGACAAAAGGAUUCAGAGGCAAGUGCUGGAGUCAACAAGGCAACAGGGCAGACAAAUGAUAAAAAAGCCAACCAGAAUUAUGAAGCUGAUGGAAGUUCUAUGGAAGAAUCGGAAAGCCUUGUUAAAGAGGAAAGUACAACUGACCUGUUGUCCGAGGGAGAAAGGGAAGUAGACUCAACUUUGGAGAUUAGUAGCAGAAAGGGCAAUCAGAAGGGGAGGUGGCAGAGAAAUCAAAACCAACAUGCCUCGAACAUUCCACAUACAGAGUCAGAAAAGCUUUCAGGAACAAAGAGCCUGGCCUUUGAAAGCAAGAAUCAAGAUCUCGGUAUCCCAGGUUUAAAAUUAAAAAGAGUGAGGAACCCCAAAGCUGUGCUUGCCAGUUCAGCCAGAGCUCGACCCACUGGUCAGGACUUGAAAGGGUUGACGUGUAAGAAACAAAGCAAAUUUGUGUGGACCCUAACAGUGGUAAAGGGCAAGGGGAAAGUACUCAAAAGGCAGGAGUCUAGUAAAAUGACACAGAAGAGGAAAGCUGAAGAGAUGAUUACGGAUGAAAACACAGCUGGUUGCCCAGCAGCUGGACCACGCAAAUGUUCCCAGAAGCAGCAGAAAACAUUUAAGAGAAGAGGAAAGACCAAAGAGGAGCUUAGUUUGAGAAAGAUGAUGGAAGCACAUUCAGAGGAUGCAGCCCCAUCAAACAUUUUUUGUGGAAAAGAUGUUGUACCACCACUGAAGCUGAAGGUUGUCUCCUCACAAAGCAAACAAAAGGGUUUGCAGCAGUCACUUGUGAUCCGUCAGAAUGAUCGUGACAUCAGUGAACAUGAACCUCUUGGAAAUGCCAGCAAAGUUCCAGGAGACCCAUCUAGAUUGUCUGAUUUAAAUGGCUCACCAUCUCAUAAAUUGGAGAUCAGGUCUCCCCUAAUCCCCUCACCGAAGGCCGGCUUUAAGCCACAUAUUCCACAGAAAGGAAGGGUUCAGAACGUCUGUGAUGCUGAACACGCUACAGUUCAGUCACAGAAAUGUCCUGGAGUGCAUUUUGCCUCUAGUUCACAGCAGCUAACUGAUGAAGCUAGAGUUUCAAAGGACUUGUCUUCACCAAAGGAGGAUGAGAGGCAGAAACGUGAGGGCACGGAUUCUAUUGAAUCGGCAACAUCUGAAGCUGUGACAAAUAAAAAAGGUGACAAUGGACAGGAGAUGAAAAUUGAGGUAACUGAAGAGGGAGAUUGCUCCGAGUUGCCCGAACAGCCAAAGCGGCGAAUCAGAAAGCCAUUCAAACAGAAGAGACGCAAAUCACUAUUUGGGUAUCGAAGGAAGCCAGAAGAGCUGCCUGUACGACCAAACCACGGGCCAAAGCGAUAUAGGCGUAAGUUUGUCACUUUCGUUUAUGAACCGAUCCCAGAUGCGUCUGAAGGAGGAGUGAUGGCAGAGGAAUCACAGUCUACCUCCACGGACUGCCAGCAAAGUGCAGUCCAAGACUCCCCUUCGGCUAUGGCCAUGAGCGGCAGGUCCUCCAGAGUCAUCAAGACACCAAAAAGGUUCAUGGAUGAUGAAGAUAUGUCCUUGCUUCCAUCUAGAAUGCCUCAGAAAAAAAGUCCCCUUAGCUUGCAUCCUCGGUCAUUGAGUAAAACGGAAGAUGGUUCUCUGGAAGACAUGUUUUCUUUUUUGGACGAUGAAGACUAUCUUGAGGAACCCAUCUUUAAAUCUGAAGACAUCGAUGUGUCCCAAACCAUGGAGACCUACUGUGAUCCAGGGCCUGAAGCUGAAAGCCAAACUUCACUUAGCCUAUCUGGAAAGCGGAAAACCCCUUUGCGAGAGCCCAAUUUUAAGUGGCGAGUGUUGGAGGAUCCUGAAGAGGAGGCAUAUGCACAACAAAGUAUGAAGCAACUGUCCUUCAAAGACGUAAUGUCCUCAGACUCCACAACUGUCUCUGCUAUGCCCCUGAAGAAGGUUCCCAAGCUUAGCCAGCCCUCGGCACUGAACAUCUAUGAGAAACUUAAAAAGCUGACCUCGUGUGCGAACCGGAAGAAGAAGGUCAAGGAAGGCGUUGGCAGAAAAUUUGGGUCCUCUGCAUAUGCUAAGAAAACAGGAUGGGGUGUACAAGGAAGGGGGCCCCAUGAUACCUAUCUGACUCCAUCGUUCUCACGCACAAAGAAGAGAAAGAAAACCAAACUUAAGAUAGAGGACCUUAAUUCCCCCGGAGUAGUGCGGAAAGUGGCGGUGCAUGUCCGUUCCAAUCCUCAGGGGCCAGAAUAUGGGAAGGAGAUGGUGGAGGGAGAGACAGCCGAUGGAAAUUCAUGCUCCUUCAAGCCGACAGACACGAUUAAACGAGAAGAUUACUCUCUGAACCUUGGUUAUGGAGAGCCAAUACAGGACCAGAUAGAGCACCGGGAGCAGGUAGUGGUAGAGGAAAAGGGGACCACACAUAGAAUCUCCCUUUCUUGUGCCAACAAGAAGAUGUUCCACUUACUGAAGAGAGCCAAGGUUCAACUAAUCAAGAUUGACCAGCAGAAACAGUUGAAGACCUCCCAGCUCCUGUCUGGGUCUGUUAGUGUGGGAUCCCAAGAUAGGGGUUCACUCAAGUUGAAGAGGAGGAGAGUGGUCCGGACAUCAAAGAAUUAUUCUCCUCAGGAACGGCCCCUGGGUGGCCCUCGGAUCAAGCACGUUUGCCGGGCAGCAGCUGUGGCCCUGGGCCAGCCCCGCGCCAUGGUGCCCGAUGAUAUCCCCAGACUCAGCGCCCUGCCACUCCAUGAGAGAGCGGGCAUCACCCCCUCACCAGCUUUAGAAGACCUGGGGUCCCCCUCAGAACCGGAGAGCCCCACCUUGCACGAGCACAGAACCCCGAAGGUCAGGAAGGUGGGUGCGGCCAGCCGGAAUCAGGGCGACUACGGGCCGUCGGGCCUGAGGUCUCGCAGGUGCGGCAGGUGCAAGGGCUGCCUCCACGAGGAGGACUGCGGCGAGUGCAUCCACUGCCUGGACAAGCCCAAGUUCGGGGGACCCAACACCAAGCGCCAAUGCUGCGUGUACAAGAAGUGUGCUAAGAUCGAAGAGCGAAAGGCGAGGCGCAUGGGCUACAAGCCCAAGGCCUACGUGAAGCGGCGGCGACUGUCGGCCGGGGCUUGCCACUCCAGCAACGACGAAGGCGAGGGGGCCGAGGGGACGGAGCGGCCGGCGUCGGCGCCCCCUGCUGACGAAGAGAGCCCCACGCUGCGGAAACAGCCCCGGCGCGGCGUGAAGCCACGCUCCUACUGCGACCUGCUGGACUCCGACUCGGACCCGGACGCCCCGGCGGGAUCCAGCUCCGCCUCCCUGGCCAAGAGGAGGGCCACUACCUCACGUAGGGACUGGGCCUCCCCCGACGACGAGCCGGACGACGCCUCGGGAGAAGGAGCGCGGCAGCGCCGGCCCGGCCAGCACAGGGGUCCUCCAGGGCGCCGCCGAGCCGAAAAGAGCCCCCUGGAGCAAACGCCUCCCAGCAUCCUGGCCGCGCUGGCCAACGGGUUCACCCAGCGGGAGAGGGAGCCGUCCGAGCCGUCGCACAAGAUCCGCGUCGACUUCAAGGAGGACUGUAGCCUCCAAAAUGUCUGGCUGAUGGGGGGCCUCAGUAUCCUCACCUCCACCCCCAUCAUCCCCCAGCAGGUCUGUCUGCUCUGCGCCAGCAAAGGACAGCACCAGAUGCUCUACUGUCAGGUCUGCUGCGAGCCCUUCCACUGGUUCUGCCUGGACCCAGGAGAGCGCCCCCUAGAGGAGAACAAGGAGAACUGGUGCUGCCGCCGCUGCAAGUUCUGUCACGUGUGCGGCCGCAAGAGCAAGCUCUCAAAGUCUCUGUUGGAGUGUGGGAGAUGCCAGAAUAGCUAUCACAUUGCCUGUCUGGGACCAAACUAUCCCAAACUCAGCAAAUGUAAAACUACUUGGGUGUGCAUGUCGUGCAUCCGCUGUAAGGGGUGCGAGGGGACCCCGGGGAAGAGCUUCGAUACGGACUGGGACCAUGAGCGGAGCCUCUGCCCCGACUGCAGCACGCUCCAUGACCAGGGUAACUUCUGCCCCAUCUGCUUCAAGUGCUACGAGGACAACGACUACGACAGUCAGAUGAUCCAGUGCUCGCAGUGCAACCACUGGGUCCAUGCCAAGUGUGAGGGCCUGUCGGACGACCUGUACGAGAUCCUGUCCAACCUGCCGGAGAGCGUGGUGUACACGUGCAUGCCCUGCAGCAGGACCCAGCCCAGCGCCUGGAGGGAGGUGCUGCAGGAGGAGCUGAGGACAGGGCUGGAGAAGGUGCUGACCAGCCUGCUCAACUCCACCCUCACCCAGGACCUGGCCCAGUGCAGCGAGUGCGCGGUGCUUAGCGAUCCUGAAAUCACGGUGGACACGCGGCCCGCCUGCGAUCUCCACAUCAUCGACAGGAAGCUAGACCAGGGCCUCUAUACAUCACUGAAAUCAUUCCAUGAGGACGUGGUCCAUGUGAUCGCGAAGAUUCUAGAAAAGGAGUCUGAUGAACUUCUCCCUGAAGACCAGAGGCCCGCCUCACUGGCCAGAUCCUACUACUUAAAUGUGUUGGAGGAGGUGUUCAGCUGGUUCAACAGCCAGGACCUGAAAGCGUGGGACUCGAGUCCCACAGAAUUUCCACCUGGAAUGCUCCCCAACGCUGUGCUGCCCCCCUCCUCUGAGCACCUCUACGCCCAGUGGAGGGAGAGAGAGGACCCGUGCGUCGCUGAGCCGGGGGACCCCCAGCAGGGGGGCUACGGAGGUCUGGAGCUCACGCCCACAGAGGGCCUCUCUCCCGCCACCCACAAAGCACUCAGCCAGUACCCCAGGAACACCGGAGGCUUCCACAAGUUCCAAGAAAAGAGGGGGCGUCAGUUCACUGCUGACCCAGAGUCCAGCUGGACCAAGCAAGAUGAGCGGCAGUGUUCCCUGUGCCAGAAGUAUGGGGACGCCAAGCCCAACGACGCGGGACGCUUGCUGUAUUUGGGUCAGAACGAGUGGGCGCACGUCAACUGCUCCCUGUGGUCGGCAGAGGUGUACGAGGAUAACGGCUCUCUGAUGCACGUGCACAGUGCCGUCGCCAGGGGGCGCUUCAUGCGCUGCGAGCGGUGUAACCAGACGGGGGCGACAGUGGGCUGCUGCCUUACCUCCUGCCAGAGUAACUACCACUUCAUGUGUGCCCGAGCCCGCAACUGCGUCUUCCAGGAUGACAAGAAGGUCUUCUGCCAGGCACAUAGAGACCUCAUCACUGAGAAGGUGGUCACUGGAAACGGGUUCGAGGUUCUUCGGCGGGUCUUUGUGGACUUUGAGGGAAUCAGUCUCCGCAGGAAAUUCCUGACUGGCUUGGAGCCAGAGUCUAUUAACAUGAUGAUAGGGUCUUUGUUGAUUAACAACCUGGGAGUGCUGACUGAACUGUCGGCGAGUCAGGGCAAACUCUUCCCAGUGGGCUAUCAGUGCUCCCGUUGGUACUGGAGCACAGUGGACCCCCGUCGGCGCUGCCGGUACACCUGCAAGGUGAAGGAGGUGCGCCCGUCGGUGCAGGAGAAGCCUGCGGAGGAGCCACUGGAUCAGGGAGAUAAUCGCACCAUCGUGCACAGCCCCAGGGCCCACACAGAAAUGGAUAUACCAGAGCCUGAGAUGGCUCUCCCCAAUCCUCCACCACCUGAGGCACCACCUAGCACACCAUCUUCAUCCUCCAAAGCAGAUACAGGAGCUGUAGCCAAAGUUCCCAGCUACCCACAAGCCAGAAGACCAGCAGGGGGGAUUUGCCGUCCUCUGCCAUCCCCAGGGAACGCCUCCUCUAAAUCCCACCCCAUUCUGACCAUUGGGGACCUGGAAGAGGCUCGCCGACCACGUCGCCACGGCCCCAUCUCCCAUAGUGUCAGCACCCGAAGCCGUGUCACCUCUCCCCUCUCAGGCAUCCCGUCAGAACCCAUCUCGCUCCGCUCGGGCGAGUCCCUUCAUUCCAAAAGCCAUCCAGUUCUCUCUCCGCUUUCUCCCCUCAGCGCCACGGAAAACCUGCAGCCCUCUCCCCCAUCCGGGCGUGUCAGUCGAAAUGUUCCCUCUGUCAAGGGUACGGUCAUGGCUCCCCACGUUGCCCCUGAGCUUCGCCCAGUCGGCAGCCCCCCACCAUCCCUUCCUGGCAGCCAGUGCUCCCAGACCCUCCGCAGCUUUCCCAUGCCCAGACUUCCCUUCGAAAUCGGCAAGGCGGAUUCAGCAGAGGUGCCCCAGGACAUCCUGACCACAGUAGAACCUGAAGACGUGGUGGCAGUGGAAGGAACCUGCCUGCCCCAGCUCUGUGAUGACCCUGGCCAAGGACACGGUACUCAUAUGAUCUCUGAUCAAGAAUUUCCUUUCGCCCCUUUUGAUGUGGACUCUGAUGCGGCCAUGGCAUCCGUGUUGAACAGCAAGCUGGAGUUCAGUGAGACCCUGCUGAACGAGAGCAGCUGCGGGGCCCAGAUCGUGGUGGGCGGGGAAGAAGUGGAGGUGAACCCAGAAGGGCUUGGAGACGAUGCGGAAGACAGUGACAAAGCGGCCGCUGUUGUUAAAGCCCUGUCUCUACCCAUGGCGUCCGCCAGGGUGGACUGGGGAAACGUCUCCUCCGACGAGGACAUGGAUAAUUACUUUGACUUUUCUCGGACUGUCGUUACCUCUGAGGCUCCCAGGGACCCAGAACAGACCCUUGUCCCUCCUUCCUCAGAGUCUAUUCCCCAGCUGGAUGGCAUCGAUGAUGGGACUGAAAGUGAUGCCAAUGAAGCAACCAAUGAUGGGACUCAUAACCUAAAGAGCACUGGCCAAACCCGGAAGGCAACACAGUUGCCCGAGGUUGCACCACAAGAAGACAAUCAAGGUAAUGACCUGAAUCACCCAAGCACACCUUCUUCAAGUCCAGCCUGUACACAGGGGCAGUUGAAGGUCUCAUCAUACAGUGAGGAAUCCUUAACAUCAACCAAAGCUAGUUCCUUAUCACCUUCAGAAGCCCAGACAGAGAACAUGUCUUUUGGAUACUUGAAAGUGGAUUCCUCUCAACAAGAUGGUGCUGUUCCACCACUGGAAACCUAUGAGGUGUCAACAGAAGCCAUUUUGCCCAUUGAAAACAGUCUCAUGGAUGUGGGCACUGAAAACCAUCAGGUGAUUGAAGUGAUUUCUUCUUUAGAAAAUGGGGAUGUAGAACAUGCAGCAACCCAAGAGGAGCCCACUAUUAUUUUUGAAGUGCAGACUGUGCCAGCAGAAGGUACUGAGUCCAGCACCACAGAGGCAACCUUUACAGAGGGAUCGGUGCACGGGGAGCUCUCCUUACUGCAAGGGUCAGAUUCUGAAACUGUCUCCGGGACCUUUCUAGUCUGCGAAAGCGAUGACCUUCCAACAUCAAGUGGUGCUUACGCUGACCUUGUCACAGGUUCAGAGGAGGUCCCAAUGGUUAGUGAGCCCACAGAAGUCCAAAGAGAGAUUUUCCUCGAUCCCGACAGUGGGCAUUUUGUCGCUGACGAUGGCACCAUUCUCUACCUUACGGAACGAACGGAGGAUGAUGAUUCACCUGCUCUAUCGCCUGUGAACAAGGACCAGGAAGCGGCAACAGGUCCUCCCACAAUGAGCACCAUUCCCGUACCCAACCCUGCCCCUGUGGAUUCUUUGAGAAUCAGCCCAUCUGUAAAACUGACCGUGCCCCCACCUAAUCCCACACCCGUUACUUACAUUCGAGCUACGAUGGACCCUCUGCGGCCUUCUGGGGUGAAGAACAGUAUUCCAUCGGCUCAGAGUGUGCAGACCACAGUGACGCCAUCCACAGGCUAUAGGCAACCCACUCCAACUGUAUCCCUGCCAGUUUCCUCAACGACUGUGAGGAUCCUGCCAUCCUCUCCUGCAAUUGCCACCCGUUCAUUUCAGAUGAGCAGUACCCCCACUUCAGCCCCUAUUAUCAUUAACGGAUUCAACUCUGCACCCUGUCAGAGGGAAGCCCCCAGAACCAUUUCCAUCAACAUCUCCAGCCCUAAGCCAGUGCUCGCCCCACAACAGCAGGUCAUGUCCCAGACGCUGCCAGGCCACACAAUCCUCACCGUGCGGGAAAUGGGCAGCUCCAGCAUGGAACAUGCAUCCCCGCAGGUCUUGCUCGUCAACAGUCAAGGUCAGAUCUUCACCAAGAACCCGGAGAGCAACACCUUCCAACUCCCUACCUCCAAUUGCCCAUCCUUCAGUUCCAUCAGCAGGAUCGCCAGUCUUCUUCAGGGCAGCAGUGUCUCUAUUGCACCCGCCACAACAGGCAACAUGCCCCAGGUCCAAAGGGUGGUGCCAUCCCAGCAUGUGGUCAUCAACCCUGCCACCCCUACUCAUGUUAUAACAUACAGGAACAAAGGGGUUGUGACCACAAGGCCCCUGGAGGGUCUUGCAUCUGAGGACAAGAAGCCCAGGAGGAGAGGCGCUGUGGCCAACAUAAGGUCCAAGUCUGACCUCAGGCCUGACCCAUCAGUUUGGUCUGUUGUCAGUGGUAGUGCUGAAGCCAUAAUCAACCAAGCCAUGACCAGUCAACAGAACUCCGUUCAGACCAGCAUCCUAAGCCCCUCCCAGUUCCGUAUCCAUCCUGUUCUGAAUAGAGUCCAAGCCAUUAGUCCCGUGGUGCUUCCCUCUGGUGUGCGUCUCGGAUCACAGCCCGCCGCCCCUCUUUCACGCUCUCAGGUCCGAGUCAAGAGGGUGUCUUCGGCACCCGGGCGCAGCAGUACCAAGAAACCCAAAGUUGACUUUGCUGAUCCGGAGUCCCCUGGUGGUCUGGAGGAACCACACAAAGCCGGCUGUAUGGCAACCAGCAGACUUGGGGGUGUUCGCAUCAAAAUGCCUUCUGCAAAAGAGGAACUGGACUUGGCCAAGCUGAAGGAAGGUUACCACAAUAACUCUGAGAACACAAGAUCUAGCCACUGGAAUCGUCUGUCCACUGUGUCUCGAGGUAACGCGAAACCCUCAGCCUGGGGCUGCUCUCGACACAGCUCCCUCAGCGACAGCGAUUUCUCAAGUACCAGCCUGAGCUCUGAUGAUGAGAGCCCUCCACCUGAGCUAGAGGAGGAGACCCCGCCCAACAGAGACCAGCCCCACCUGCGCUUUGAGAUCACCAGUGAGGAUGGCUUCAGUGUGGAGGCUGACAGCAUAGAGGUGGCGUGGCGGGCGGUGAUGGAGGGGGUGCAGGAGGCGCGGGCGGGCUACCGGCUCAAGCAGCUGUCCUUCACUGGCACGAGUGGCGCGCGCAUGCUGGGGGUCCUCCACGACGCCGUGGUCUUCCUGGUGGAGCAGCUCCAGGGCGCCUCCCGCUGCCAGAAGCACCGCUUCCGCUUCCACCACCAGAAGAAGCAGGAGGAAGAGCUGCCCGUCAACCCCAGCGGCUGCGCGCGCGCCGAGGUCUACCUGCGGAAGUCCACCUUUGACAUGUUCAAUUUCCUGGCCUCCCAACACCGGCAGCUCCCAGACAUCGGGCCGUAUGACGAGGAGGAGGAUGAAGUCCCACUCAAAUCUACCAGACGUGCCACAAGCCUGGAGCUCCCCAUGGCCAUGCGUUUCAGACAUCUGGAGAAGACGUCCAAAGAAGCUGUAGGGGUGUACAGAUCUGCCAUUCAUGGGCGUGGUCUGUUCUGCAAGAGGAACAUUGACGCAGGGGAGAUGGUGAUCGAGUACGCCGGCAUGGUUAUUCGCGCCGUGCUGACUGACAAACGCGAGAAGUACUAUGACAGCAAGGGCAUCGGCUGCUACAUGUUCCGCAUCGACGACUUCGACGUGGUGGACGCCACCAUGCACGGCAACGCGGCGCGCUUCAUCAACCACUCGUGCGAGCCCAACUGCUACUCGCGCGUCAUCAACGUGGAGGGCCAGAAGCACAUCGUCAUCUUCGCCCUGCGCAAGAUAUACCGCGGCGAGGAGCUCACUUACGACUACAAGUUCCCCAUCGAGGAUGACAGCAGCAAGCUGAUGUGCAACUGUGGGGCCCGUCGGUGCAGACGCUUCCUCAACUAGGGGGGAAGGGGAGGGGCCCAGGGCGGGGUUUGAAACUGGGAACAAGUUUUCCAUGGCUACUCUUGAGAAGGUGGCCAAUGAAUCCUGACUUUUUCUUGGGGGUAUGGGAGAAUAAAAUACUCUGGAAAGAAAACGGCUGAGGAGAGAGAGCGGGUGUUCUAGAAGGUGCUGGAAUGUCCAGAGGAUGUGCACACAUUUAGGGCUCCUUGUUUUUGGCAGCACUGAGCAUGUCUUCACUCGAGCUCACCAGUCACAGCUCUGUAUCUGAGAGAAAAGGAUGAAAGGGAAGGAUUUUGAGCUGGACACUAAACAUUACGAUUUUACUCUGGCAACAGUAACCUUGACCUUCUGCAUUCCAAGUCAUUUCAGUUUAACUGCUGGACAAUAAAGGGGUUACUGACUGUGCUCACCUACCACAGAGCAGCACAGAACCAAGGUAAUGUUUUGUUACAGAUUAUGAUGAACUCCAAUUGGAGGAUUCCGGUUCAGGUUUAGUUCUCGCUCAGUGCUUGGGGUUAGGCUUUUCCAGGCAUGCAUAGGUUUAUCCUUGGAUGUGUGACUUUUCUCUCUCUCUCUCACUCUUUCUCUCUGGAAGGCUCCCGCAGUUGAAGGGGGGAUGCAAGUUGUCCUCAAGCUAGCUCCUUUCCUUGUCUUUACAGGGGUUACAUCUGCCAAACCAGUGCCAAGUUCUCUUCACUACCAUCCCGGGCCAGUGUUUCUGAGCUGUGGUUCAAUCUCUUCAACUCGUCCCCCCCCCCCCCCCCCCCCCACUUCUCCUCUUCUGUUCUGCCACCCCCACCCCAUUGACCCCCGCCAUUCCCAGCGCUUUCUCCGGUCUGUGCAGCACAAAGUAAAGCAGAACUUUUGAUAAUGUAUUGUGGUAACCCAAUGAUGGCUGACUGUCGUUUUGUAUUUCGCUUCUUGUUUUUGCCUGCACUGUACUCGCGCCAGUGUGACACGCAUCGGCGUGAUGUUUUAAUGUGAUUAUCUGCUCGGUGCAAAUUAUCUGUCAGGGAUUUUUCAUCCUGCUGUGAGAGCGGACCCCCCCCCCCCCCCCCCCCCCAAUUAGAAAGGCAUGAGAAGGGACUAGCUCCCAUCAGAGCUUUUUUUUAUAUGGUUAAACGUUACUUUGGUUUUCAGACGCAAAUAAUCAACGAGUCCGCUAUUUAUAAAAUGGGCUUUAGUUACCGAUUCAUUUUAUGUAUUAUACUUUUUUUUUCUUCUAAAUGUUUUUGGCGUGUUGCUUCCUUGUGGUUCUAGCACCCCCGUUCGACAGUGCUGAUUAGGUUUUCAGUUUGAAGCAGGUGCGUCAAUCACCAGUCCGGAUUCCAGUCGGGCUAAACAGUGAUGACACUCGCGAACAGCUCAACCAAUGGGAGAACACUCCAACUUGGAUAGUGUGUUUUCUGUAGCUAGUAUGUGUGACUGUUUUUUUGGGGUCGGGUGAAUGCAAUUUUGAAAGCGACCAGGUAGCAUUUUUUCCACUGGCAGAGCGUUACUGAAACCAGAUGGCAACGAGAUCUAUCGCAUUAGAGAAAAAAUAAAAUAAAAUAAAAAAUGCCGCACAAUGCGCUACUUAAUGAGGAGAAAGCAUUCAGCACCUUAAAGCUUAUGACACAUUACUCAGUUGUACAUAGCUCUUCACAGUUAAAUGUUCGUCAUUAGAAAAUGCCGUUGUGUGUUAAAGAUUGCUUCUGUAUUUCGUAGUGCAGCUCAUUCUUAACAUAUGUGUUCAAACUAUGGAAUUGUAAAACGAUAAUUCCGUAAUGGGCAAGUUGUGCCAGGGAUUUUUGUUUGUUUGUUUGUUUGUUUUGUUAUACCAAGAGUGUGUUUUCAUAUAUUAUAUAUAUAUAUGUAUGUAUAUAUAUUAUGUGUAUAUAUACAUACAUGCAUAUAAUGUUCUGGUGAAACCAUGGUUAUAUUUUCCAUUUCAUUUAAUUCUUUAUACUUGAUAUUAGUUUCCUUUACUUCCCUGUACUUGAAAAUAAAUGGUCGUGCUUAGGGUUGGGAAGACAGCAAUAUAUUGUGAUGUAUCCUAUAGUAGAAACAAAGGUAUUGUAUUGAGCCAGGUUUUUUGAAUUUUUAAAAUAUAUUAGAAACUUUCUUUAUUUGGAGACCAGCAGGAAUCAAGAGUUUGUAGCAUUAACGGUGAGAAAUGCAACAGAAGCUAGCUUACUUCCCUGUUCCAUUUCUCCUACUAUUAAGUACAUUCUCACUUGCAGUCGAAUCCUUAUAAAUGCAUAAAUCCAUUUUAUUGCAUAGUGUGCAGCUGAUCCAGUUUGAAUCCUUCUUGCAAUUCUUACUUCAGUUACAUGCAUACUCUGGUUAAAUGCGUAACUCCGCACAAGUCUGGGGCAUGUGCAGUUCUCACAAUUGAACUCUGAAAACAUCACGAGGGCUUCAGUUGUGUGUGAGCAUCCACCUGGGCACUGAAAUACAAUUCGAUUGCUCUUGAAGCCCCACUUCUUCUUUGCAAGGAAGUGAUUGAGCCAGGCCUUUGCACCUGCUUUGUCUUGUAUUUCCUGUUUUAACUGGCCAUUCUUCAUUUGUGUUUCCACUCACUACCAAUUUCUCACAGGGAUACUACCUCAGUAGCUUGUGAAAAUAGAAAGAAUUCAAAUGUAAGAUGUCUGCUCGGUCUCGACUCUCCUGCAGAAACGGCCUGAGGGUGCAAUGAAGGAUGCAAUUAAAUAGUUAAACUUGACUUCACCGCUAAGGUCUCUCUUGCUGAGUACUGUGGUGAGAGCUGUGUGUACCAAUGCAGGCUUAUUUUAACAAAGAAUAAAGUUUAGGGCAAAAAAUCAGCAAACCUGGGCU